AUGCAUACUGCCAGUCCUGAAAGCCCACAGCUUUCUAUGCGAGGGGCAUGCGACCGUUGCCGGAUGCUGAAACUCAAGUGCUGCACUAUCGGUGUGUCUGAAUGCUGUGUUCGCUGCACAAAGGCUCGGAUCACAUGCGUGUUUGGACGCCGGGCGCGUGCCAAGCGUCGCAGGAACUCCGAGUACGCCUCAAGCGCGGACACGGCCUCCCAGGUAGAAGACAACGAUGCCGCCAUCCGACCAAGCCCAGGCGCGCAUAGUAUCCGGUCACCCGAAUCCGGUUCGCCAAGAGCAUUGGGACCAUUCACACCGCUGAGCAUGUUUUCUUGUCCAAUGGUUCCAACCGACGUGUUGUAUCCUUUGCGCAGCGCAGAUGGCCUUGAUGCAGAAGCCGAUCUGGUGCUAGGAUCGGAUGCCCUGUUCUUUGACCACGAAAGCUACGAUCCGGCAAUGAUGUGGAGCAAACCUGAUGCAGACAAUGCUGUUAGUGUAGAGACGACAGAUGAUGCAUACACUGGUAUGCAUUCUUCCGUCCCGGCUACGCACAACCAAACUGUCGCUGGGUCCUCCGCCGCAGAUGUUCCCGCCUCGGAACGGAUCCGGGCCGAAGAGCCAAGAAUGAGUGACUUCACCCAGGCUGGCUCAGCUCAGCAAUGGGCUGUGGCCAAAAUCAUCGAAACACAGCUGAACAGCUUCGGUUCUGACAAUGAUGAACUAUUGGGGCUGGUGACCAAGAUACAACAGCAGCUUUCACGGCUCGAAAAUGGGCCCUGGCGAAAGGACGGCACAAAAAGCCUCAACGACUACCCCGUCGGAGGUAUCAUCCAGCUGGCAAGGAAACUUGGUGAAGUGGCAGAAGGAAUAUUUGGCCACCGUGAACGAACAAUCACUGACAGUGUCGACCACGGGUCCAACACAGCCUCCGUUGACAGCGCCCAGGCAGACACACCAUCAGUUCUCCUCUUGCUCUGCGGCUACACCUGGUUGCUGCGCCUUUAUAACGUUGUCUUGGACCAUUUCCAGAGCCACGUUGACCACAUUCCGAUCCAUCACAGUCAGUCCGCGGAAGUGGCCACUGCCUGGAACCCGCACAGUAUUGUGUCACCUCCUUUCGAUCCCGAACUCACAUUAGGCGAGUUUCCCUGCGUCACCUCUAUUCUAGAGAUGCAUCGCAUAUAUGCAGCGAUUCGCACACUAUGUGACGCCUUGAGAUCGGUCGAGUGUCGACUUGGUAGCGGAGGAAUUGAGCUUCGUGAGACGGCCAUGGCGACGCUGCAGAACUGGGACUACAAGUACAGCAGAAAUUUAAAGAUGGAGCCCAGCGCAACGCACACUCAUACCGUGAUCCUUCUUCACGGACUCGGCUCGACAGGAGAGCGUUUCGGCCGGGAAUUUCUAGAGACGGCCAUUUCGUCAUCCGGACGCACACUUCCCGCGCUGCUUCCCCAUGCUCGCUUCGUCUUCCCCACGUCGAGGCGGCGGCGCUCCACCGCCUUUGGCCGCUCCCUGCUCACGCAGUGGUUCAAUCUCACCCGCACCGAGGACCCCUCGUACCUGGCGGACCGCCAGCUACAGGGCCUUGCCGAGUCAGCCUCGGAGAUCCUGGCCGUCAUCGGGGACGAGCUCGGCCGGGUGCCUGCCCGCAACCUCCUCCUGGGCGGCCUGAGCCAGGGGUGCGCCAUGGCGCUGGCGGUCCUGCUCUGCCUGGACCACCCCAUUGGCGGGUUCAUCGGCAUGAGUGGCUUCUUCACUUUUGAGGCCGGCAUCAAGAUGGUGCUUGUCGAGGAGGACUUGGAUGAGCUGGACCCCUUCUCCGACGCUGGCGAGAACAGGACGGCCCGAGAAAUGCCUGUCCGCGCUCAAGAGUAUGAGAGGGAGCUACUGAGCUUGGAUCCUCUUGAUAAUUUGUCGUCGGAACGGACAGCUCAUCGCACGCCAGUGCUUUUGGGUCAUGGGGCCGAGGAUGAAAAAGUCCCCGUACACUUGGGUGAGGCUGCAGCGGGAGUCAUGCGUGCGGCGGGUUACGAUGUUGAAUGGAAGAUCUACAAAAACCAGGGCCACUGGUACAAGAUUCCUGAUCAGAUCGAUGAUAUUGUCAGUUUUAUUUCGCGUUUAGGUUGGAAGGUGGAAGUGGAUGGCAGCCGCGUUUGA